AGGUUCAUAUGGUUGUCAUGCACGGGAGUCGGUAUUCACUGGUCUGCGGUCUCUGCAAAGAGCCACUGGUGAACUUAGAGGUCGGUGAUCAAGCGAACGAUGUCUGCCUGCGAGUACUCAAAGAGGCAGUGAUUCCGGCGACCACAGGAAUACUGUUGAGGUUAUCGGGAUCACAUCCGUCUGGGCAAUCUCUUGAGGUAACUCAGCUGCACGACGAUUAUGCAAUAACAACAAAAAGCGGUGCCAGCAACUCGGAGAAGAUUUUGGAGGCAGAGGAGAUAAGAACUAUUCGAGCCUCAGUCAAAGCGACACUAGCCACACUGAUAUAUUCACCUCAGUUGGUCCUUAAAUCCAUGGAGCUACACGAGAGACGCCACCGAGAAUUCAUAGAGAAACGUUACCUGAAUGCUUCAGUAAAACUAAUGGGGCGUAAUGAAGAAAAUACAAGAAACGAGCAACAAGUGUGUUCAGCUGAAGAGGUCGGACGAGUAUUGACAGACCGCGAAAAGGAGCACUGCAAUGUUACCGGGGCACCAGUUUCAUAUAAUCAGCAACAGCAAGUACGAUUUGGAUUGGAUGUGUGGGAAUCAUGCACGAACAAGAUGUACGAUGUAUUGCCAAAGACAAAGGAGGGAAAUGAUCCAAUCGAGUGUUUCCUACAGAAGGUGCAGGCGCGGACAAAAAGUGUUUUACGCUCCAUCCGAACAAAUCGAAACGAACAAAACAAUGAUCAAUUCCAUUUUGGAUAGUUUGUUGAGCAACUAACAGUUUUGAUUUUCCUAACCUGUUUAACGCAUAAAUUAAAGGUAUUUUUCCUUCUUACUUCCUAAAUAAAAAACUGAAUCUUCAUGCAA